UUGACUUCAACGCGCGAAACGCCCACUGUUUCUAUAGCAAACAACAACGGCUAAAGAACAAGAGAUAACAUUUACAGAUGGACGUCGCUUAGACAGCGAUGGUGUAACAAAUUUCAAUUUAGUUUAAUGAAAUUGUAUUAACCUAAAAAGAUGACACAGUCCAUAGUAGUCCAAGUUGGUCAGUGUGGGAAUCAGGUGGGCUGUCGCUUCUGGGACCUUGCACUCAGAGAACAUGCACAUGUCAAUCAAACAGGAGUUUAUGAUGAAGCACUGAGCAGCUUCUUUAGAAAUGUUGACCAAAGGAGAGAGGGUGGAGCAGACUCUACAGGGGGCAGGAUCACAUCUCUAAAGGCCAGGGCCGUAUUAGUGGACAUGGAGGAGGGAGUCUUAGGAGAGAUUCUGCAAGGACCGUUGCGUUCUCUCUUCAACAGCACACAACUCAUAAGUGAUGUCUCUGGUUCAGGGAACAACUGGGCAGUUGGGCACCACACAUAUGGCUUGACCUACAGAGAGCAGAUUGUGGAUCAAGUCCGUAAGGCUGCAGAACACUGUGAUUGCCUUCAGUGCUUCUUCCUUAUUCAUUCCAUGGGUGGAGGGACUGGUUCAGGGUUAGGCACAUUUGUGUUGAAGCUUCUAGAAGAGGAGUUCCCAGAGAUAUGUCGGAUAGUGACCUCCGUUUACCCGACAGCAGAAGAUGAUGUCAUCACCUCUCCUUACAACAGCGUCCUAGCCAUGAAAGAACUCACAGAACAUGCAGACUGUGUCUUGCCGGUCGAUAACCAGUCUCUGGUGGAUAUUGUUGGUAAGAUACAGUAUAUGUCCAACACUGGCAAACUAGGCUGCACCAUCAAGAAGGACUGUACUAUCAUCUCUGGACAAGGAGGGGUGGUGAAGGUCGAAAAACCUUUUGAUGCCAUGAACAACAUUGUGGCCAAUCUACUUCUCAAUAUUACCAGAAUUCCUGGUGUAUAGUAUGUGUACAGUACAACAUCACAGAGCUUGUUUACAUUUUACAAGUCAAGUUGCGACCACAUGGAGAUGCCAAAAAUCGUAUGUGCUUACAGUACAACUCCUGUACGUCGCCACAAUUGUCUGUACCUUGAUUGCAAUCCUCAUCCAUCAAAAUUUUACUAGCGAGACGCUGGUUUGCUUUACCCAGCCGAGAAAUGUAGUUUGCUUAUCAUCUGGCCAUACAGCGGUGGGAUGUUUUGACGCUCCAUUCAGUAUGUAUUUCACAGCGCAAUGCGUGAGGGCUCGAAACACCUGAAUAAAGGUUCUAUUCUCUCUGCAAUCUCUGAUGUAAUCAGCCUGGUUUUCUUUACAUUAGUGCUAUUUUGGACUGAUUGUUUGAAUUCGCUUACUGAAUCACUGGACUGAAAACAUUCCCAGCUUAAAAUGAUCUGAUUGUAAAUGGGUUAAAGGGUUAGAAUAUAAAUUUCCGUCUACCAGGAUUACAGGUGCUUGCAUGAUUGUAGAUGCUCACAGUGUGAUAAACUCCUGUUAAUGAAGCAAUUUCACGUGCUUCAGUAAUUUAUUUGUGUUAAAUAAUUUUAACGUGUUAAGGAUUUAGAAUAAAACGCAUAUGUUAACGUGUUAUAUGAGGUCAGUCCUAAGUUGGGAGAAAUAUUGGGAGAAAUAUUAGGAGAAAUAUUUGUCACCUCGUCUGCCCUUUACCUACAUUUACAGCCACAGUGCCUCUUAAUGAAAAGUUAACAUUGUUAUAAACAUUUUUCAUAGUGAGUCAUAUUUAUUACUAAUAUCGUGCUAUAGUGGGUUCUUGCCAAAUCAUAAAUCAUGCUUCUUAUGUUGUUGUUCUUGUAUUCUUUUAUGUUUUUGCAACUUUGAAUACAAAGCUGAUUGGCCUAAAGUAAUCUAACCAGCACUGAUUAUGGAUAGUAAGGUCAUCACAUAAAAGCAAGUGGUCGACCCAUGUUGUUGUUUUUUUUUUGAUGGCCGAUGCUGAUGCCGAUAUCUUAGAUAGCAGGGUGGCCAGUAUUUUUCACAAAUAAAGGAAUUGAAUAAAUGAAUGAAUAAAAAGGAAGUACGCUAAACACUGUAACCAACAGUGGACUCGUAAUCUGGUAAGUUUGUGUGCAUUGGAAAUCUUUUUUUUUUUUUUUUUUUUAAAUAAAGAACAAGGUAACACUAAUUUUACAUACAGCACACAAUGAAAAUGACAUGAAUAUGACAUAGUGGGCAACUGAAUAUAGCACAGCAUAGUUUGGAAUCAAGGGUUUAAAGUUUGUCGAUCGUACAUCUCCAGUGGAGCUGAGCUCUUCUGUCCAAAUUCAAUUUACACGGACUGACCGUGCAGGCUAACAAUGCACAUUUCAGAAUAUCUGACAGCUGGAUUCGACUAAGUCUGCAAGGUUUGUGAAAAUAAAUGUUUAUUAAAUUUUCAAAGAUUUGUUUAAAUGAUAUAAAUUGGGUAUUUGCUGAAUACUUUAGUAUAAUACUUUUUCGUAUACAUUCUUUGUUUAACAGUUAUAUCUAAUAACAUUUUAGACAAAACUGUUAAACAGAGCUUAACUAAUAACUAAUGAAGUCGGAGAAUGGGAGCGAUGUGUGGAGUUCUCAGAGCCGGUGUUCUCAGCCCCGUCAAAAUAAAAGUCUGGAGCGCCAACACAUCAGCCAAACUGAAAAACUUAUCAGCCGAUGCAAAUAUUUAAUGGCAAUUGGUGAUAUUUCAGUCGACCACUAAUAAAAACGGUAGUUAAAUCCUUUUUUUUUUUUUUUUUUUUUUUUUAUGAACCAGAAAAUGUAAAAGUAGUUAUAAAAAUAGAGUUUAUAGAAAGCAAUGUAACUGGUAAUGUUAUCUUUGAUUCUUUUUUAUAUUUUAUUAAGAGAUUUGAUCACUCAUUC